GGGCCGGCCCGGGCCAAUGGCCGGGCAGCGCGGGCCUUUCAAGCGGCGUCUCCGCCCCGCGGCGGGCGGGGAGGCGGCGCCUAUAAAGACGGGCGUCCGCGGCGGCGAGCAGCUCGCCGUUCCCCGCGCGGUGGUGUAGGUCCGUCCGCGCCAUGGCUCGCACGAAGCAGACGGCCCGCAAGUCCACCGGCGGCAAGGCCCCGCGCAAGCAGCUGGCCACCAAGGCGGCCCGCAAGAGCGCGCCCGCCACGGGCGGCGUCAAGAAGCCGCACCGCUACCGGCCCGGCACCGUGGCGCUGCGCGAGAUCCGGCGCUACCAGAAGUCCACUGAGCUGCUGAUCCGCAAGCUGCCGUUCCAGCGCCUGGUGCGCGAGAUCGCGCAGGACUUCAAGACCGACCUGCGCUUCCAGAGCUCGGCCGUCAUGGCGCUGCAGGAGGCGAGCGAGGCCUACCUGGUGGGCCUCUUCGAGGACACCAACCUGUGCGCCAUCCACGCCAAGCGCGUCACCAUCAUGCCCAAGGACAUCCAGUUGGCCCGCCGCAUCCGCGGGGAGCGGGCCUGAGCGCUCCGUCUCGCCACCGUCCCCCCAAAGGCUCUUUUCAGAGCCACCACAGCGCCCGGAAGGAGCUGUUCACUUGCCUUGCUCUGGUGUGUUUACCGCUUACCUUCCCCUGGGUACGGGAAGAGGGUCCCCGGGGAAUGAUCGCUGGAGCAGUGUGCUGGCUGUUUGGUAUCUCCGGGUGAUUAAGUGGCUAUGGCUUCUAAGGAGACUUGGGGAUUGUUUUUAACGCUACUUGCAAACUUAGUGCUUAGUUUUCUCUACCCCUUCUUGAAAUUCUAUAUUCCAACCCAUCCCGAGGAGAGAGCCCUAUAUACAGAGUGACCCCCACCUCUGAGCACUUCGGGAUAUGUGCAGUGAUCCUGCAGGGAAGCUAAUAGGCUAAGGAGUGGCUGAGCACAUCCGGGUUACUGCCAUGUGAAACUAUGUAACCUUGCUGACUUGGCUUGAGCUGUCAGGCCUGUCUAAAUAGCUGAACGCUGGGGAGACUGGCUUCCAGCUACUAAUUAACUAAAUUUCUGGACGGCUCCCUACCCUGCUCCUGCUAGCCAAUGUGUGGGGGCUUACUGUGUACAGCAGAUUUAAAGAGCAAAAUGCCAACCAAAGAUAGCCACGAUUGCCUCACCCGAACCAGAAAUCUGAUGAAGGUAGCCGGAGCGUGUCAUGUGCCAAGGCAGUCAAGGGCCCCUAUCCCCUAGGGAUAGCUACUGCCUGCCUUUGCCCUUCUCAGUUUUAGGGCCACUUUGUUCCCUUCUGAGUACCCACUCGCCAGACUCCAGCACUACAGAAAGAGGGAGAGAAUGGAAAAAGGAAGAGGAGGGGCCAGUUUACACUGGGUCGUGCAGGACCUGGACUCUUGGCUGGUGUGGGAUGUGGAAGUACUCAUUAAUCUGCUGGUUUCCUAUCCAAGGUGAGCCUCGGGCGCCAGUGACUUGCCUGCCUCACAGUCUCCGUUCCAGGGCUGCUGCGAAACGGAGCUGUGGACUUUGGCCCUGAGUGAGUUAGUCAGGUUCUCCACUAAGCUGCUCUGAGCCUGGUCUUUUAUAGGGGAGGAAAAGAGCUGACAGUACAAAGGAGUGUGUGCUUACUUUCUGAGGAAAUACAGAUUAUUUGACCAAAUUCCUCUCACCCAGCCCAGAACCAGGCCUCCCCAGGACACUGCCUAACCAGUAGCCACCUUAGGAACAGUGCACGCUCUCUCUCUCUCUCUCUCUCUCUCUCUCUCUCUCUCACACACACACACACACACACACACACACAUGAAUAAAUAAACUUUUAAGAGAAAGAAUAUUUUCAUAAUAUCAGGUGUUUCCAGAACAGUCAGCCACAGAACUGGCACUAUAAAUGGACUGUGGUUUUUUUGUUUGUUUGCUUGUUUUUUAAUACAGCUAAUGACAGCCUCAGUUAGGGCAAAGGCAGAAGUGGACACAGGUGUGGUGAGGGCUGAAAGGAGCAAGAGGUCAGUUAGGCAGAUUUGGUGACUUGGGCAUUUGGAGAACGCCUGGGGCCUGAGGAGCAGUUCUCAACCUGUGGGUCAUAAUCCCUUUGGGGGUCAACUGACUCAGAAAACACAGGCAUCCAGAUUAGGAUUCAUAGCAGUAGCAGAGUUACAGUUAUGAAGUAGCAAUGAAAGUCAUUUCAUGGUCGGGGGGGGGGGGUCAGCACUGUAAGAGGAACUAUGUUAAAGAGCUGUAGGGUAGGAAGGCUGAGACCCACUGAGCCAGAAGAUAACAGUAGAUUUCAGUAAGAAGGAAAAUGAUGCUGGGAAAAGCAAUGGAUUCUAGAGUCAAGAAGAUGCACCAAAUCCCUCCUGAUACCAAAGCGGACAUUCUUUGUGUCUUGGAGAAAAGUCUUCCGGGAGUUUGGAGUUUUAACAUAUUCACGGAGGUGACUCAGCCAGCCAUACUUGUGGGGAAACUCAGCCAAUAGUUAAAGGUGACAGAAGGCAGAGGAGCGGGUGAAAUCUAUGCAGGUGUUGGCAAGAGAAGGGCUAGAGAGAUGGCCUGGCAGUUAGGAGCACCUACUGCCCUCGGAGAGGAUCUGAGUUGGCUCCCAGCAUGCCUGUCAGGCGUCUCACAACUGCCUUAACUAGCUUCAGGGAAUCUGACAGUCUCUCUGGCCUCUGCAGGCCCCUUCGUUCUGUCACACACACACAGAAAGAAGAUAGUACUCAGUCUACAGAAAAAAUAAUAAUAAUGGGAGAAUUCCUCGACUAAGCAGGAUGACUGGAGAGAGAUGAACAGCAGGACGGAAGAUGGCCAAAGGAGGCAAAGGUGGUCUCAGCUGGGCCACCUUGUGCACUGACACUCGGAAAUGAGAGUCGUGUUUCUUUACCUCGGUGUCUGUUGUUAAAUAUAAAAAAUAAAAAAUAAAGUUACAAAGGUAUACUUCAUUUCCACCCCUAAAUUAUCCUCCACUCCUGACUCUCUACCCUGGUCUUUGACUAAAUAAAUUCACAAGCCAUUCAACUAUGAAUGCAAAACCCGUAUCUCUCACCUUAAAGGGAACCAGUUAUCUCUUGUUUAUUUUGAAGUCAUUUUGAGUGACUAUGGCCUAGGAACACAGAAUUAGGUUACCCCAAACUCCAUAUCCCAGAUGUGAAAUCAGAUUCAUGAAGUUUUAAUAGUUUAACAGAACAAAUGAAGUCAUGAGUGAAAGCAAGUUUAAAAUACACUGGUCAAUGAGUCUGAGAGGUGGUUAUAGAAAAAUGAGGAAGCUUUUCUGUAGGUCCAAUAUACUAUCUGGUGACAGUCUUCCCUUUUGGGUUGAUAGAAGACAGUGCGUCCACCAAGUCAAUAGAUCCCUUCCAAAGGUUUCUAUUAGUCACAGGAUGUUGGUUCUGCCACAGGGGUGGACAAUGAAUGGCUGUCCUGGAGGCUAACGCUAGCCGAAGACAAGGUAAUAGUCUCUGGACUUGUAACAUACCAAUCCCUCUGAAGUAAUAAAAUUCUGUUCAGUCAGUCUCUGCAGAUCCAGUUUCUUUUCAAGAGUUCCUGUUCACACAUCUACUGACACAGGUUUGGCCUAGCCCUGUCCAGUGUCUGCAAUUUCCAACUAGGCCCAUGACUUGGCAAAAUCCUUUUUUACGUUCAGGUAUUUUUCUCUCCUUGUAGGCUGACUCAGAAACAUCCCUGAGACGCUCACCCCAAAUGGCCCACGACCACUUACACGAUGCUGGGAAAACAGCUGAUAGCAUUCUCAAAUUCAAAAAAAGAAAAAAAAAAGUAUAUCCCUGCUAGGUCUAAGUCUAAUCAUUUUUCUUCUGUAUUAACUGUCCUACUAGAUUCCUAAUUCCUUCAGGGUGAAUGUUUUCCUUCGUUAGUCUCUGCAGUUAGAGUUGCAUCCGGAGCCUGCUUAGAACACAGCAGGUGCUCAGGAAAAUAGUGUGGCAAAGAGCCAGUUCUACCAGCUUCUAAACCCUAACCUAGGAGAGGGGACAAAAUGCAAGCACCUCCUCGACCUCAGGAGUUGGAAGACUAGGAGAGAAUUUCUUCUAGGGAGGAAUUCCCUGCGGGGAAUCAUGGAGUUGGUUGGCCUGGCCCAGCUGCCUUGAGAGGCGUGCACCACAGGUUUUUCAGGUUAGAGCCCCUGGCUCCUGGGACUGUGCCUUCCCAUUCCUGAGAGACCUACACAGUCCCUCGGGCAGGGAAGCAUGCAGAACGGCUCUGCGUUUCCUGUAGGCUCCCUUACAAGUCAAGGAAGCAUGGAUGGAAGCCUGACAAGACAAUUAAUUGGUCUUAGACAGUAAUCCUGUGUACCUCGUAUGGCUUGCAAACAUCAUUGUAUCCUGGCAACCACAAUUGUACUGAUCCUGGCAAUAACCGUUAUCUAUCUAUCUA